UUGACUAAAUUUUCGCCGAGCUGAGCCGAACAAUUGAUGGUUUACGAAAAGUAAUAAAUCACUAAAGAAUUUUGUUUUAAAUUUUAGGAAUACAAUGCACAUCAUAUCGGAUUUGGGCUUUUCAGCUGCAAUAGAGGAGAUGUAUACAGAAUCGGCUCGUUUGAGUUCCUUCAAAAACUGGCCUUUUAACGACGAUUCCAAUUGUUCAGCAGCGAAGAUGGCUGAAGCAGGAUUCUACCAUUGUCCGACAGCAGAGGAACCAGACGUUGUGCAAUGUUAUGUCUGCUUUAAAGAAUUAGAUGGCUGGGAACCAAAUGAUGAUCCCUGGGAUGAACAUUUUUCUCAUUCAAAGAAUUGCAUGUUUGCAAAAUUACACAAAGCUCAAAAAGACUUAACAAUUUCUGAAAUAUAUGCAAUUGAAGCUGAAAGAAAGGCCAAUAAAGUUGUAAUUCCUGAAACUGAUGAUGUUAUGAAUGAGUUCAGCAAAGAUACAAAACCAGGCUCUAGUACAGAGGAUCCCGAGUUCAUGAGCCCUCAUAAUGGGGAUGUACAGUUUGAAGAAUUUGUGGGCUAUAUUGCUUGUGCCUGUGACAGCAAAUGGUGGAUAGGAUAUGUAAUUUCAGAAGAUCAGAUGUCCAUAUUUGGUCAGAUUCCAUUGUCUCGCUACAUUGGAUAA